AUGCGAACAUCAGGCUCUCUUCCCAACUUUCUCCCACCGUCUUCUCCCGAACUAUCCAAGCUCCUAUCGACCUUCAACUCGCAAAUCCUUCUCCCCGAACACUUGACCAAAGAGCAACAGAAGCUCGUAUACUCGCAAGAGAGCCGCGCAAAACUCGAAGCCGAGCCUAUAGAGAUUACCUUGGGAGAGGUCACCCUGCCUCUUGAACACCUCGACCGCAAUAGGCUACCGAAUCGUUACAAGCGGCUCAAGGCGAUUUGUGACCAAAGCGAAACCAAGGAGGACUGGGAGAAUGUUGUCAAAUGCUUGGAGGGAUGCCAAGAGGCCGGGAUUCAGGUCCACUGGCAGUGGCAGGAGCUCGUUAUCAGGAAGUUGAACCUUGCAGGCAUGCAGCAUCUUGUUCUGAAGGCGUUGCAAAGAGCAAAGGACACCGGGGUCAAGCUGAACAAUUACGGUGUUUUGCGUACGGUGUUGAGGACUGUGCACGACAAAGCGGCUCUGGCCGAUUGGGCACAGGACGAUACAAUCAAGGCGCACAAACUGGCGAAGCAAGUGGUGGAGCUCAUGGAGGAUGAGGAACACCAUGUAGGCAAGAGAUUGCCCGUGAAACCGCGCGGAAAACCGGAGAAGUUUGCCGAAGGCGACUACAGAGGGAGGCCAUCUGUGGUUGCGCUGCCGACAGAAAUGGCUGCUGUACUCGCCGACAGAUACGCUGGAGACAAAGAGGAGGUCAAGAAACUUUCCAGUCGCCUGGUCCACGCGCUACAGCAGAGCGGAUACACGACAUCACUAGAUGCUAUAUCUAGAAACUCCGACAAGAGAGCUACUGAUUUCGUAAACGUCACCAAACUUUUGGAACACAUCACCGACCACUGCUACGAACUUCUUGAGGUACUUAUCAUAUGGAACGCUCUUAAGACGUCUCGCAAGGUGCUCGGCGCUGAAAUGCCCAUGUCAGAAGAGGCACAGAUGUUCGAGACUAGAACAAAGCUAGUAUUGAUCGAGGGUGUACGGUCGCUGGACGACAUGUCCAAAAACAAGGAGGGCAAGCCGCUGAUGCCGGCGUAUGUGCGCUACAUUAAGGAUACUGUUGAGAAGACCCAAGGAGAAAGUUACGCAUAG